UGGUUCUACGAUAACAGCUAGAUUUCUCUCUAUUUCGAAUGCACGCGCACGUGUAUGUACAUACACAUAUGUAUACGGGUAAUUUAUUUAACAAUUGUUCACGUGAUUUUGAUUGAUAUUAAUUUUGAAAAUGGCGGUUUCUGACGUUGAAGCGUUGAGCGAGUUGCUGGGGCGAGUACAGGUCGACAAGCGCAUUGAAGUCGAUCUCGUCGAUGUGAAAUUAAAGUUGGACACGGCUGAAGACGCUCAACCGGUGGUGGAAAGGAUUAGUAGUUGCGAGGGAAUGACGACUAUGAGGUUGUCCGGCAAAACAAUCGGUGUGGAGGCGGCCAGAGCGAUUGCAGGCGCACUGGAGAGCAAAGAAACGUUCGAGCACGCUCUGUGGAGUGACAUCUUCACGGGAAGGGUGCGCACGGAAAUACCGCCGUCUCUGGCUGCUCUCGGACGUGCCGUUAUGAAAUCGGGUGCACAGUUGACUGAACUUGAUUUGAGUGACAAUGCGUUUGGUCCUGAUGGAGUGAAGGCGUGUGUUGAGCUGUUGACUAGUCCGGCUGCUUAUACGAUCAAAGUUCUCAAGUUUAAUAAUAAUGGAUUGGGCAUUGAGGGUGGAAAGAUUCUCGCCAAGGCCCUAGAAGGUUGUUUUGAGGCAGCAAGUGAAGCAGGAAGACAAUUUUCGUUAGAAGUUUUCAUCGCCGGUAGAAACAGACUGGAAAACGAAGGCACAGCAGCACUAGCAAAUGCGUUCAAGAUGAUUGGGACUUUGCAGCACUUAGCUAUGCCUCAGAAUGGAAUCCAUCAUCCUGGCAUUUCUUCUCUGGCAGAUGCUCUCAUGCAUAAUCGGCAGUUGAAGCAUCUCGAUCUGAAUGACAACACGUUUACAGAGAACGGAUCGGAGGCGAUGGCUAAGGCUUUGCCGGUACUGCAAGAGUUGGAAGUUGUCAAUUUUGGAGAUUGUCUCGUGAAGGCGAAAGGCGCGAGUGCGAUUGCAGACGCUAUUAGAGAGGGACACAUGGAACUGAAGGAACUGUAUCUGGCAUACGAUGAGUUAGACAGAGAGUCGGGCUUAAACGUCAUCGCCGCUUUACAAAACAAACGCAAACUAGAAAAACUGCACCUUAACGGCAAUCGGUUCGGUGCGGGUGGCAUUGAAGAUAUACAAGCUGCAGUAAGGGAAUUAGGAUUUGCUGAUGACGUCCUCGAUUCUCUCAGUGACGACGAAGAGGAUGCAAGCGACGACAAUGGAGACGAAGACGUUGGAUACAAAAGUGAAGGCGAUGAUGGGAUUUCUGAUGGAAUUUCUGGCAACGAGGGCGACUCGGCGAGAGAAGACGACGAGAACGAUGAGAACAACGAGAACGAUGUCGACAAGAAUGAUGACGAUGAGAACGACGAGAACGAUGACGACAUCGAAGGCGAAGAGUUUGCUGGUAGUGAACUGCAAGUGAAGGGCGUGGCGAUUAAGACACCCUUGCUGAACGAUACUACUCCACAGAAACCCGAGACUGCAGCCUCAUUUCUCGAGAGUCCAACAGCCAAUGGGUUGAUAGCAUUAGGAAACGAUAGAACCGACUUGAUUCGAAACGAGUUGGAAAGAAUGCCAAAGACGAUGCGGAGUGUAGUCUCUGUGUUCUGUACAGUUUCCAGUGUGUUGAGCAGUGCCUCUCAUUCUGAGGUGGUUGUGGCUGUUAAUCAGAUUUCAGAUGUUGUGUUGGGGCCUUUGUUUAGAAUCGAUGCGGCUGCAGUUGUGGCGGAAAUACUUGCUCAUUUAGGACUGAUUAAGAACGAGGACAAAAUGUUGCCCGUCGAUAACAUCCAAGGUCCUCUUAUAGCACUGGAACACGUCGUAAAGCAAUCGUACUUCCCCAAGUCGUCGACAGACACCUUGAUCGCAUUUCUAUCAAAGCCAAAUUCGAGACUCGAUUCCGUGCUAGACUGCCGGCAUAGGCUCUUGCAAGCUUUGUAUGCUCGGUAGUUUAGAGAUGUUUUAUACGUAAGGACGACAGUCUUAUUAAAUGAUGAGGAUUGGAGUGUGAUGCUGUAGAAAGAUAAUACACGUGAUGGAUGUCACGUGAUAACACGAUAUCACGUGACGUUGACCUAUGACUGAAAAACGUU